UCCGACAUCUGUCACGUCGUCGAAAAGCCUAUCGUUCCAUUAUCGUCGCGAACUGUCGAACGCGUCGAACGCAUCUUCCGAAACGGAAAAGUCGUCGCGAAUAUGAGAAACGUUAUUUUCUUCGUAGUUGCCGUCGUCGUCGUCGUCGUUUCCGUCAACGGCAGGGUUUAUUACUUGGAAAAUUUAGACGGCUCGCGAAACAACGACGCGACGUUCUAUCCAAUUGCGGAGCCGCAGGCUUCUCGCGAUCUGGACUUGUCCUUCUCCGCGGGAGACCCCGUCGAGAACGAGAACGCCGUAUCUCCGAUUAAAAAGGUGUACACUCUCGUCGCACCGGAAAAAUCGUAUAUCGAACUGAACAGAGACGCGGAUCGGCCGAUCGCGUAUUACAGAUUGACCGGACCGAGUGCCCGGAGAAGCGGCUACGACGAUGUCUUCCUCGUUCCGCAGGGAAGCCGCAAGUUGAAGCUGAACGGCAAUAACAACAAGGGCGAAGUAAUCUUGGAGCUUCGUGUCGUGGCCAAUCACAACAGCAUGUGAUACCGUGCCGCGCGCUUGAACUGAAACUCUGGCUCAUUCAUCGACAAGUCGACAACUGAAGAACGGAGAUCAAAUAAGACGUCGUACCACACAAUUAAGCCACAUUGCUUUUAUUAUGUUUAAUUUACAACAAUGAGUACUUUCUAUUAAUACAUAUAGAUACAUCGAAAUAUACUAUUGUAAUAUUUA